AUGCCAUUGUCGCCCAUUUUACAAAUGAACCCCCUUCCACCUUUGGCUCAACAGUCAUUGCCUUCACUUCCGGAAAAUCAUUCAAUUGGAGCCAGCUCGAAUAAUGGUGAAGUUUUGGUCAAUGGACUACCAAUUACCCCCCACAAUUUAAACCUAGGAAGCAACUCGCCCAUAUCCUCGUCCAGGAUCAUACCUGCCAAGCAGCAGAAACAUUCUGGUGGGGGGUCAAAUAAUAAAAAAUAUCGAUGCUGUUACUGUGACCGAGCAUUUUCUCGUAGCGAGCACAGAACGCGUCAUGAGCGGUCUCAUACUAAGGAGAGACCAUUUCACUGCCCCAAAUGUCCUUCGACAUUCGUACGACGUGAUUUGCUCUUACGACAUGAUCGUACUGUACACGCACCAAAGACGAAAGGGGGUCCGGAAGAGAAGAAACUAAACGAUGGUUCUAGCAGCAGUAGUAGUGGAAGCACCAGUUCAAGUGGUCCUACACUGCCAUCUCUUGAUAUGCUAGGUGGCCCGCUGUCACUAUCAACUCUAGCAAAUGCCGCAACAACGUCAAAUACGGAUUCUUUAAAUAUUCAAUCAACAGCUGGCGUUGGAAGUGACUCUUCACGAUCCGGGAUAUUAGGUGGAGACGGCGAUGACCUGAAUGCUGCAAUGCUCAUGACCGAGUUACAGAGAUCAUACUCGAAAGAGCAAAAGUCACCUGUAGUAGCCAAGAAACAACAACAGCAGCAGCAUCAACCGCAUUCACAACAACAAACCGAUUCUCAACAACACCCCCAGUCCCAACCCCCUAAUGAAAUUAAAACUCAGCAAAUACAACAGUUUUCAAGUCAACAGGGACUUCAACAACAACAACAACAACCACCUCAACAAGAAACCAGAAUUCAUAAACAGGAAACUAAAGAACCUCCACUCUUGUCAAGUCAACUACAAUCUGACGACAAAUUUGUAAAUACCAACGGAGGUGCCACCACCACUAGAAGAUCGCCUCUGUCACCCCCGCUCUUCGCAGGAAUUUUGAACAGUAGUUCAGAUUCAAAUUCGUCCAACAAUGUGUCAACAAAUGGAAACCACUCGAGUGAUUCACAACUGAUGUCUCAUCAGCAACAACCCCACAACUUGUCAUUUCAUCAGUUUGAUUUUUUCGACAGAUCGAAACAAUCGAACGAGCAACAAGCCAAUGUAAAUUCCAAUAACAACAAUAACAAUCAUGGAGGAAUGUACCUACCACCUUUUCAAUUUCGAAAAGAUUCAACAUUCAGCACCAACUCAAAUAUCAGUACAGAUGCACACAGUCAGUUUUCUGCUACUGGGUCUCAUCAUUCAAGUAUAACCGAUGCUACGCCGCCUCAUCCCAUUCCAUCUACAUCUUCAAUCCCUCAGUUCAAAUCAGAGUCAUACUUUUCGCAUUUAUUAAAGUUUUUCAAUGACAACGACACGCUCAUGAAAGGACAACAGCUGCUUCAUACCGCACCCACAAAGCUACAGGUCAACAGAUACUUGUCCUCGUAUUUUAAUUUUUUCCACCCGUUUCUACCGUUCUUGCACAUGGCCAGUUUUGAUCCUCAUGCAAUGGCGCCAGCAUUAGUAUUCUCGGUAUGUUCGAUUGGUGCUGCUUUGUGUAAUGAAAUCAAUAUGGCGACUUCGUUACAUGCAACUUCCAAAAUGAUUGUGAGUUCUAUCCAGCAGUUGAGUAAAGACUUCCCUAAUGCUCAUAAUGCAUCACCCAUCUGGGCUACACAGGCAACGAUUUUGAACGUGGUGUAUGCCUCAUGGAGUGGUGACCCUCGUGGUCUCGAAUAUAUAAGCUCAUGCCGGUCUCAUCUGGUAGAGGUUGUGACUAAUGGCGUAUAUGAUUUUUCGAUGAGAGAUCUCAGAGGACGACAGCCGACAUGGCAACAAUGGCAACAAGACGAGCAGGCUAAAAGAGCUUUUUUCGCAGUUUACCUGGUAUUCGGGUCUCUAACGGCCAUCUUCAACUAUCCGUCUGCUAUCGACAACAGUCGUAUUCCUGCUAAACUUCAACUACCAUGUUCAGAAGUGCUCUGGAGCACUGCAUUUGAGUCGGAAUCAGAUUGGAUGUUCCACUACGUCAACGAAUCAAACUCGAUGCCAACCCCACUGUUCUGUGAUUCCUAUCAGAAUUAUCUUCUAGAUAACACUAAUGGAAAUGCUAAUGGAAGAGUCAUUUCUCCACUUGGAUUGAAAAUUCUCAUUACAGCGCUGUUACUUGAUGUUACAGGAGCAACUAGUCCCAACAACCCAUUCUACACAAUGAAACCAAGGCUCAUUGCUGGUUUGAAGAACUGGGAGAUUAUAGGUCGAGAUUCGCAUCCUGGUCAGGGUCAACUGGUAAGUCAAAUGGCCCUGAACUCGCCAUUAUUUAACCUGACUGCCCCGAUGCUAGACUUGAACGGGAAAAAAUCCAUUCUGAUAUCUAGAGUCAAGACUCAGCAGCACCCAUUAAUUGUUUCUGGACAUAUCAUCUCGUUAGUUUCACAAAUUCGACUACUUAUCGACUUGACGUCGGUCCAGGAGGUUAUACGAUAUCAUGUUCCCCAUGAUAUCUGUCAUGCUUCGUUGCACACUCUUGGUAUUUUGACAAAUACCGGUCGACUGAAGUCACACGAGAUGACUUGCUUGAUCACUCAAUGCUUUGAUAUCUUCCAGUUACCAAGCAUGCUAGGUUUGAGACUCCUGAAAUCCAUGCUAAGUAACCCAUUAAUAGCUGCUGCUGCCGACAGUUUACUGUGUGGGUUUGAGAUUUCCUUGGUGGUUAUUAUGUGGUGUCACAGAGUUGAGCAGGAUAUGAUGAAUGUUGUCGACUCGCCGGAUCCCGAUGAGCUAACUGUGUACGAAGCCAUUGAAAGACUGUGCAACGACUGUGGUCUCGAAAAGGUGCAAGGUCAAUUAGCACCCACACUUGCUGUGUACGCUGCGGAUAUCUUGGAAGGAAUCGAGUGCUGGGGAUUAGCCAAUGUGCUAAGUUUGUCACUCCGUUCGUUUGGAUACAGUUUAUUCCCAUCCACUGGUCAGGGUGUUCAAAAUCAGACAACAGCACGAGGAGCCAAUAACAUGGCUAAUGGCAAUAGCAACACCAAUAACCUUCGACGAAUGAUGUCUACCUCAUCCACACCCAUCUCAACAUCCAAUUUAGCCAUUAACCAACGACGGCUCUCCACUGCGUAUUCACAUCGCGAAACGCCAAUACUGCCGCCUCCCACGACCUGA